UAUUCAAAUAAAAUACAAAAACGCUUAACGGUAAUAAUCAUACAGAUCAUGCGUCCUCACAAAUGUAUUGGUAACAUAGCUGUCCCAAUAACGUACAAUGAAACUGAUUUGCCGUAUUCGACUUUUCCACCAUUUCCUAAUUCCACAGAGUGGAUGACGAGUACAGUGACGUCGUCAAUAUUUGACGUCACUGUUGAAGAUGAAGAGACGAGAAGUAUCGGAGGCAAAAUUACUGGAACAAAAUUGGCUUUUAUUAUCUGCUACUCAAUUGUAUUAUUUCUGGCAACAGUCGGAAACUUAUUUGUUAUUGCAACUCUGGUCAUGAAUAAACGGAUGGGAACGGUGACCAAUUUCUUCUUACUCAGUCUGGCUGUUAGUGAUUUACUCAUGGCGUUGGUUUGUAUUCCUGUCACGUUAAUCGGUCAAGUACGGGUGGAAUUUAUGUUCGGAUUGGAAAUGUGUAAAGUGAUGUUAUAUCUCAUGGGUGUGUCGGUGGCAAUAUCAACUUUUACCAUGUUAGCAAUAUCUUUGGAAAGAUAUUAUGCUAUUUGUCGACCUUUACACGCAAGAGGAUGGCAGACUAAAUCACAUGCAUGCAAGGUAAUAUUGGGGAUAUGGAUAUUCAGUUUUCUGAUCAUGUUACCGUUUGCCGUUUAUUCGACUAUCAAAAUGAUGCCUCUAGCAAGAAGAGGUAUUUGCAUUAAAGCAUGUAGAGUCAAAUUUCCAGAUGAAGACGAAACUUCAAGCCAUUCCAAGUUACCAGCUAGUCAUAAAAUUUGGUACUUAUUCCAACUCAUAGCACUUCUAAUAAUUCCCGGAGUGCUGAUGACGGUGGCAUAUGGACUUGUCUGCAAAACAAUUUACAAAGGAUUUCAGGUGAAUGAACUGAAGCAAAAACAAGGUAAUCAAGAUGUCAGUGGAAACUCAACGCCACGAACGCAGCGAACAGCAGAGCACAAACCAGAAUCGCACAGACUUAUAGGAUUGAGUGCCAAUGGGAAAGAAUGCGUCAAGGCCAAUGAUGACAGCAACACAUCAGCUAAUUCGGAACAUACAAAAGGUUUCAAAAAAUUUCUACGAACAUGUAGAAAUCCCAAAUCCUUGCGCAACGGUGUUUCAAAGAAAGAAGACUCCCGGAAGAACGAGACACGAAAACAACUUCAAGCGAAAAAGAAAGUUGUGGAGAUGUUGAUCGUGAUUGUGAUUUUAUUUUUCGCGUGUUGGACACCCACCUUCGUCGUGAAUGUUUGGAAAUCGUUUGAUCCUCAAACUGCCAGAAGAAAACUACAGAGUGGCAUUAUUGUCAUCCAGAUCCUGCCCUACGUUUCAACAUGCGUCAAUCCUGUCGUCUACUGUUUUCUGAAUAAAAGAUUCAGACAAGCUUUUUUGAACAUAUUCUGUAUUUGUUGCGGUUGCCUUCCAGAAAAAUGGCGACCGAAAAGACCAGAAUUCAAAACCACAUUUCGUCAAGUUAUGAGUGACCGUGGUGUUGGAGUCGUGGGUAAUUUGCAGUGGAAUGCAUGCCAAGACUGGAUAAUAGGAUAAUCGACGACCGAUGACGACACAAAGCACUAUGGUGACAUCAACGUCACAAGUGUGAUUCGCAAAGAAACGGAUCCAGCAAAGCUGAGUACAGUGAGGGGGUGACAGGGACUCAUAUUGAAAAUAGGUUGUCUGACACAGCUUAUUUGAACUAGAAAAUCGUACGCUUAAAUCUACAAUACGGUGAAAAAAUGGGAUGAAAUGCAAGAAAAAUUAGAUCGAGUGAAAGCUAACAUCACAUAAUGUACUAGCUCCCGAUUGAACUUGUUUUGGUGGCCCCCAGAAUUACAGUUUCAAGUCCAAUUUCAUCAUUUUACUUUUUUCAAUAUCAUACUUCACAAAUUAAACAAUGGAGUGAGAUGAUAGGUUCAUUUAGGCUCUCUCAUGUUAAGAGCAAAUCAAAUUAUAUAUAUAUUUAUAGAAUUAUAA